UACUCGUGUGUUGAGUGAUUGCGUGCGAUUGUGUACCAGCUCGCGGUUAUUCCUCAUCCUCAAUUUCAUCAAUGAAAAAAAAAUUGUCACACCAGCAGCACAAGCCACAACGACAUCAGCAUCUCCAUCGCAGCAGUUUAAAUAAACAGGCACCCUGGUGCUGUCAUCCACGACCUAGACCUGCGACACCUUCACUUUUUCUUAAACCAGGUCAAUUAUCUUGAUAAUCAAGACAAUUAUUAUUAGAAGCCACUAAAAAAUUGACAUCAUCAUCGUCGAGAAAUUAAAAAUCAUCUUCUAGAUCAUCACCAGGACAACAAAAAGGUUUAAAUUGCGAUGUCUGUAUGACUGUCAGUGCUUUAGAGUGAAGUUGAGGGUAGAGGAUAGAGGUAGUAUUUAAAAUAAAGUGGGGGAAUAGGUUUUUGAUGAAUAAAAGGUGGGGAAAGACGGUGAUGGUUAUACUCUCGAGAGUAAGUUUGAAAGUUCUCAUUACUCGGGACGUUGUUCUACCAGACAACGUGUUUUUUAUUUAUUGUUGAUACAUAGAUACGCGUGUACGUGUUAUGGCGUGUAUUGCGGGUUCUUCGGGUCGGCUCUGUGCUCGGGUCGAAAAAUUGUGUCAACAGUCUGGACGUUUUGUCCACUUUCGCACCAGGAAAAUUACCACAACAGGUGUUAACAAAUUACACCAACAAGUGCAACAUCCUAUUAAUCUAGUUCAAUCAUGUCGGCAACGAAACGAAAGAACCCGAGAUCAAAGUAUUACGACACCACGUGCUAUGAGUUCGAUACAAACACAACAGCCUGGAUCAUUACCUGACGUACAUUUAGAUCCGUAUCGAUUGAUAGAAGAUGAUCUUAAAUAUGUAUAUGAUGACAUACGACGGGAGCUCAUCAGAAACACAACAGUUACAGAAUUACAAGAAAUAGCAACGUACUACUUUGAUGGGCAGGGAAAGGCUUUGAGACCAAUGGCAGCAAUACUUAUGGCACGAGCCAUCAAUUACCACAAGGAAAGAAAUGAUCUCUUGCCAUCACAACGACAAGUCGCGUUGAUAGCAGAGAUGAUUCAUGGCGCAUCAUUAAUUCAUGACGAUGUGAUUGAUCAAUCGGACUAUCGCCGAGGAAAAGAUUCCGUUAACGUUAAAUGGAGUCAAAAAAAGGUAACAAUGGCAGGUGAUUUUAUUCUUGCAGUGGCCUCAAUGAUGAUAGCGAGAUUGAGGAAUGAUGAAGUUACGCUUACUCUCAGUCAGGUCGUUACGGACUUGGUACAAGGAGAGUUUAUGCAAUUGGGGUCUAAAGAAACAGAAAAUGAACGAUUCGCGCACUACCUCACGAAAACGUAUAGAAAAACUGCGAGUUUGAUCGCUAAUUCUGCCAAAGCUGUCGCGAUGUUGGGAGGUGCCGAUGAAAAAUUAUCAGAUGUAGCUUUCCAAUAUGGUAGAAAUAUUGGUCUGGCAUUUCAAUUAGUUGAUGAUUUAUUAGAUUUCGUAUCAUCAACAGCGACAAUGGGUAAGCCAACAGCGGCUGACUUAAAACUUGGUCUUGCUACUGCGCCUGUACUUUUUGCAUGUGAAAGAUAUCCAGAAUUAAAUCCAAUGAUAAUGCGCCGAUUCCAAGAGCCAGGAGACGUAGAGAAAGCUUUUGAAUUAGUACACAAGUCACAGGGGCUAGACCAGACGAGAUUUUUAGCUAAAAAACAUUGCGAAGAAGCUAAAAGAUUAGCAGAAUCAUUAGCCGAGAGUCCAUAUCAAAAUUGCUUAGUUAGAGUCGGGGAUUUCGUAAUCGAUCGUAUGAAAUAGUUCUAAUAAUUUAAAAAAAAAAUAACUCGAAAAUUGAGCGAUUGAUUUAAAAUUUAAAUCGAUCCUCGAAGAAAUAAAUAUUAAUAUUUAACAUCAAACCAUCGGGACAUUGAAAAUAAAAUUUGUAUUUCUUUAUAAAUAUUAAAUUAAUAUUUGUUUUUUAAGUAUGCGUAGUUUAGAAUGUGCGAUGUUAAUUUAAAGUAGUUAACGAAGUUUAACAUUAGAUAGUUAUUAACAAAUUAAGUCAACUCUACUGUUGAUUAAUGAAUAAAUUAAUUAAUUGAUUAAUUGAAUUGCUGAUUGAUCGAAAUAUUUUUUUAGAUAAAAAAUGAUUAAUUAUAUUUAAUUUAAUUGAAUGAUGUGACGUGUGAAUGAUUGAGGAAGAGGUUAAAGAGAUGGAGAGAGAAAGCGGGUAUUUUUUUAAAAAGAUUAAUAAGGUUGUACGAUAGAUAAUUAUGUAUUGAUGAAAAAAAGUAUAUAUUGAAAGAUAACUGGUUACUUUUGUCGUUUUAGACUCGAGACUAGACAUUAUAAUACUAGUCGAAUCUGGUAAUUUGACUAGACUAAUAAAUUACCGCAAUUUAAAUUUAUGAAUAUCUCUUUUAAAUAUAUAAAUGUAUGUAUAUAUAUUUAUAUGAGGAUAAAUAAUAUUGUAAUAAAAUUGCCUUAUUUUAAAAUAACGAUAAAGUUUUAAAUAAUUUAUUAAUGUUAAUGAAUUGACAAAUUUAGUAUAAUAAUUUAUACUAAAAUUUUAUAAGACCGUUUUAAAAUAAAUAUUUAUAUUAAACAAAUAAAUACAAAGUAUAGUUUGAAUUUAAAAAUUUAUAUGACGGUCUUAUUUAUGUAUAUAAAUAAAAUAUUUAAUCUGGGCACAUUCGUUAAAACUUGCUAUUAAUUAUUUAGUUAGUUAAUUUAUUAAUUAAUUGAAUAUAUUAAUAAAAACUGUGUUCGAUUGUACAGAAUGCCUGCCAAAGAAAAUUAUUUUAAAAAUAAAAACGACGAUCCAAUUAUUUUUUUUAUUUUUUACUUUAAAAAAAAAAAAAAAUAUAUGUAGGCACAGUAUUCAAUAAUAAUAAUUAUCAUUACGUUAUUUUUUUUUCUCUAAUAGAACACAAGAAAAAUAAUUUAAAAAAAAAUAAUCUGCUCAAAUUUAUUUAUCAUUAAUAUAUAAAUAUUAAUUAAUUAAUUAUUAAUAGUAGCACUAAGAAAUGUAUUAAUGGUACUUGUAGUAAUGACAUGUAUAUAAAAUAUAUGAAAUCAUUUUUUUUUUUCAAUGUCCCGGUCAACUUGUUGAAGCGAAUGACAAAAAUGUUUUUUAAAACGAGAUCAAAUAAAUAAAUAUUAUUAAUUUGUUAUGUAGAUAAAUAAAUGUGUGUAAAUUUGUUGAAACUUAAUGCCACUGAGUUUAAAUAAUAUUUCUUUUGCGGAAUUAUCAAUAACUUUUAUUUAAACGUCCGAUUUUUUUUUAAAUAGAGACAACAUAUAUAUACACAGAUACAUAUAAUAUAUUAUAUAUAGUAUUGUUAAUUAAUAAUAUCGAAUAGAUCAUUGCAAAAGAAAAAGAGAUUUGUAAAUAAUAUAAUAAUAAUUAUUAUCAUUGUCAAGUCAAAGGCCUCUACGCCUGAUUGAACAUUUGGUGUGGGUCAAUUAGGAUUUAUUAAUUUUAUUAUUGUUUAACAUCGCUAUAAUACUACUUUAUUAACUUAAUUAUUACUGUAUGAGUAUUUUUAUAAUAUAAAUAACUAUUAAAUCAA